UCGGCCGGCCGCGGGCGCGGGCCAUGGGCACCCCCGCGCGGUCCGGCUUCCCUGCGCGCGCCAACGGCCGCCUGGACGCGUUCCUGCGGCGGCAUCUGCCGCCCGAGGUCUACGACGCCGUCCGCGCCUACGAGCCGUGCAUCGUGGUGUCCGACUCGGAGAACCACACCUUCAAGUACGUGGUGCUCAGCGACCGGCUCAUCUACCUGACCGAGAACCCGCCCAAGUCCAUCCGGCGGGCCGUGGCGCUGCGGGACGUCGUGGCCAUCGACCUGAUUGAUGAUUACCCAGAAUUUUUGAGUUCUCCUGAUAGAGAGAUCAACCAACACAUUCGUAUCAUCUAUUCUUCAACCAUUUUGAAAAAAGAGUGUGAAAAGUCAAAAGGUGUCAGAAAGUUCCUAGUUCCAUUUCAUUAUGCCAAAGCUAAGAAAAAAGUCAAGGAAGAGAAUAAUGGCUCUGUCUUUUGGGGAGGCAAAGAACCUAGAAGUCUGAAUGAAUCCUCUCUCAGGUACCACCAGGAGAGCAGCACGCCGUCCAAGGACUCUACUCUCUGUCCUUCUUCAGACAUCAAGAAGCUGUCCCUUCAAGGCCAAGGUGCCUUUCGAGCCCUACCUUCUCCCUCCAGGAGGAGCUGUCAUUCCGUACCAGCUACUGGCCAGGCUGUCAGCGAGCCGUCUUGCACAGCAAACACAAAAGAACCCCAGGGACUUCCAGAUCACAAAGACUCUCCAAGUGAAAUUCCUUUUAAGAGCAAUGGGAACGGAAAUGAGUCUUACUUAGGAAAUUCCUUCCUAGCUUCCUCUUUGCAGAGCAACUCAAACUUAGAGAAAAAGGAGUCGGAACUUCAUUUGUAUGUUAUUUCCACAACCUCAUCAAUAUUUCUGCACUUAAAAAGUUCAUGGAAAAAUUAUAUUAUAAAAGCUACUCUUUUACAAGAUCCCCUAUAUGCUAGUGAGUUCAAUCCUGCUACUGGAAGUCAAAAGCCAUAUAGAUCUGAGGAGAAAAUUAAGCACUUCAGUCAACUUAAGUCUGAACUUAUUCUUAAAGACAAUACUUUGAGGAAGAUACUUUGUUUAAUUACGGAACUUAAAGUAGCAGCCCAGAAAAACUUCAUCCUGAAAAGGCUUUUCUGGAAAACCAGUGACCUUUUCAGUUUCCUAGUAAACAAACUUCGUGAGUACUUGCCAGAAUCUAGGGAUAAGAACGCACUUGGAAACCAAAGGCAAAGGGCUGAUGAGCUGGUGGCAUGCAUCGAAAUUUUACAGACCCUAGGACUCAUGUUCAGAGAAACAGAAACUGAGUCAUCACGCCUGAACACAUUGGCAGCUAAAAAGGGAACACUAUUUAAUCUCUUGGUAAUUUUAAUUAGCGAGCCUCAGAUUCCAAAAUCUUGCCCCAUGUUUGAUAUCCAGUUGGUGGCUGAUUCCACUUUAGGUGAAAUGUCUUUUGAUGCUAAGUUACAGAAGCUUAUCCUGGAAUAUACAGAUACAGCUACAGCACUUUUAUAUGAGAUACUUCUUGUCUUUCAGCAGGGAAAUCUUGGAUUGGGUUCCAGCAAGUUUGCUAUUAGCUGGAUGAUGUCCUUUCUACAAAGUUGUCCUCCCAUAAUUACUUUUCUGGCCAGUAUUGUGAAACAAGUGGUGAAGGGGCUUUCAGCUUCGUUUCAGCUGCUCAGUCCCUGCAAAGCCGUCCUGUUGUACCAGCAGUUGUACAUCCUCAAGAGCUGCCUGCAGUAUAGCAAGACUCUAGCUGAGUAUAUUAGGAAUGACUACAGAGAAGAAUUCAGGUACUUUAUUCACAUGCCAGCCUUGGAAAAAAGGCUCCCAUUGUGUUACCCUAUUACUCAACCUACUACUCAACUUUUUCAUGAAGUUCUGAAAUUGGUUGAACAGAAACAAUGUGUAAAAUGUUAAUAAGAGUAUAAAAUGUUAAUCAGGAGUCAGCUUAAUAUUUAUGAGAGACACUUUUGAUUCAUUGAAUAUCUGGCUAUCUGCAAGUCUUAUAAACAAGAUGUUAUUAUUUGAAUGGUCCAUCAAUGCCUCUCGAAGAAAAGUCUUUAAAGUUUUUUACCUGCUACAAAAACAAAACUGUCUAAAUCCAUUCUGACAUGAAAUGGUGCUUAAAAACUAGUGUUUCUCCAAGAAAAAAAGUUCCUAAAGACAAAGAACCAUAAAGAGAAUAGAAGCUCAUGCAGAACAAAUAUGGAAAAUAUAAUCUGCUACAUUUUAUUGGUGUAAUAAUGGUGAGGGCGUGAAGCCACUGAAACAUCCCAAGAUCAAUUGCUGUGGAGAGUGUAAAGUACAAAGAGAUCAUUUGAGAAAUGCUAAGCAAUAGGAUGACACCCUCCUCCACCUGUAAAAAUUCGAAUGACAAAAGUGUUCAUGGAAGAAUAAGCAGGAGGACACAGGUUUAGCUGUAUGGAGUGUCGGUUCCUCUUUUAUCAUGGGGGCAGAAGCUUGGACUUUCUUCAAGAAAAUGAAGUGCAUUCUGCCACUCUGUUUCAGGCACCUGUGGGCUAAUCUGAGCAGUCCCAUAGUGUCUCGGUGAAAGGGAAAUUGUCCAUGAGCAGUUAUGGCUCUCCCACAGCCAUUUAAAAAAAUGUCUUCACCAUAUUUCAGGGCAGUAAACGAAAUUCAAGAAGUACCUAAUUUUGGUAUCACUGUGGACUUCUAAGAUCACAGGAACUGCACUCUCCAUUCAACUUAUCAUGACUUGAGGGAGGAUCCAAGAAAUAUCUUCCCUUGGAAGAAAGAGCUGCUGAGCCAGAUUUGCCUGCGUUGUGCAGUGGAGAGAGAAUUACACUCACCGAAGACAUUUUUUUCCUGGCUCUGACUGAGCUAUUUGAUAAUAACCAGCUAUUUGACUUCAAGCAAGUCAGGUCCCCUUUCCAGGCCUCAUUUGCUUCUUUCUGGGCUUCCUCUGCUAUGAGGAAGGCAGGCUAGAUGGUCUCCAAGUCCUCUUCCAGUUCUAACAUCCUCUGCCUGUGACAAGACACUUAACACUCCAAAAUGGGGUCGUGUGUUUCCCUGCUGACCUGGCUCAGCGGAUGAUUCCACAAUGACUCCAGAUAAUCCUGCUUGCUUUGGACCCAAGAUUUCCCUUUCACCUGUCACCAACAUCACCCAACAAAGCGGCCAGGCCUUCUCUGCCAUCACUCAACCAGGAUACAGGUUUUCUCCCUCCAUGUUGGGGGCAGAGAGGGGAGCAAAGCAUUGUGGAUGAGUGUCAUGGGCUGUUAGAUGGGGGAUUAUUCCCAAGCGAUGGUCAAUCAAAGGAAUAUGAAAAGAGCAAGCGUCCCUUCACACUGGACAAACAAUGCUCUGGCGAAUGGUGGAACCCACAGGGUGACAACAAGAUCAGCUCAGCUCUGCCUCAGCUUCAAACUAGCCUAGCUCUGGGCUAGUCACGGUGCAGGCUCUGGUGAGAGCUCGGGGUUUCUCUCCCACGUGUCUUCUCGCCCAGAUUGCCUCUCCUCUCUUUGCCCUGACAUCUUACUUUAUUUAAUCUCUGGGAACAAAAGCUCUGUCAGAAUGUACCUGAAUCUUUUCCUGUAGGGCUUUUGGAGAGCUAAUGGUUGAACAUCUGUCACCUUGCUUCUCUUCACUCUACCCAGUAUGACUCAUGUCUAUUCAUUCGCACAGUCUGCCGCGGGCAGAGAGGAGACCAGAAUUAACACUGUGAAGGGUUAUCUUGC